CGGGAGCGCCUCCCACGCUGCCUCUCCCCACCCCCGAGAUCUCGCGAUACUUCCGGGAACGCCUCGCUCGCCUCCUUUUCCCGCCGAGAUCUCGCGAUACUUUCGGGAGCGCCUCUCUCUCUCCUCCUUUUCCCGCCGAGAUCUCGCGACAGCCGCGCGCCGCGGACGGGGAGGACAAGAUGGCGGCGACAACGACGAUGGCGCUGGGCACGGAGUCCAUCAAGAUGGAGAACGGGCAAAGCACAGCAGCCAAGCUGGGGCUGCCCCCUCUCACCCCAGAGCAGCAGGAAGCUCUGCAGAAAGCCAAGAAGUAUGCCAUGGAGCAGAGCAUCAAGAGCGUGCUGGUGAAGCAAACCAUCGCCCACCAGCAGCAGCAGCUCACCAACCUGCAGAUGGCGGCCCAGAGGCAGCGCGCGCUCGCCAUCAUGUGCCGGGUCUACGUGGGCUCCAUCUACUACGAGCUGGGCGAGGACACCAUCCGGCAGGCCUUCGCCCCCUUCGGGCCCAUCAAGAGCAUCGACAUGUCCUGGGACUCUGUCACCAUGAAGCACAAGGGCUUUGCCUUUGUGGAGUAUGAGGUGCCUGAGGCUGCCCAGCUGGCCCUGGAGCAGAUGAACUCGGUCAUGCUGGGGGGCAGGAACAUCAAGGUGGGGAGGCCCAGCAACAUCGGGCAGGCGCAGCCCAUCAUUGACCAGCUGGCAGAGGAGGCCCGGGCCUUCAACCGCAUCUACGUGGCCUCGGUGCACCAGGACCUGUCUGACGACGACAUCAAGAGCGUGUUCGAGGCCUUUGGGAAGAUCAAAUCUUGCACCCUGGCCCGGGACCCCACCACAGGGAAGCACAAGGGCUACGGCUUCAUCGAGUACGAGAAGGCGCAGUCCUCGCAGGACGCCGUCUCCUCCAUGAACCUCUUCGACCUGGGGGGGCAGUACCUGCGGGUGGGCAAGGCUGUCACCCCCCCCAUGCCCCUGCUCACCCCUGCCACGCCUGGGGGGCUCCCACCUGCUGCUGCCGUGGCUGCUGCGGCCGCCACCGCCAAGAUCACGGCUCAGGAGGCCGUGGCAGGAGCUGCAGUUCUGGGCACUCUGGCCACCCCUGGGCUGGUGUCCCCUGCCCUGACACUGGCCCAGCCCCUGGGGGCUCUGCCCCAGGCUGUGAUGGCUGCACAGGCACCAGGGGUCAUCACAGGUGUGACCCCGGCGCGGCCGCCGCUGCCGGUGCCCAUCCCGCAGGUGGGCGUGGUUAACCCCAUCCUGGCCAGCCCGCCGGCACUGGGGCUGGUGGAGCCCAAGAAGGACAAGGAGGAGGAGGAGGCGCUGCCCGAGGCCGAGCGGCCGGAAAUGCUGAGCGAGCAGGAGCACAUGAGCAUCUCGGGCAGCAGCGCCCGGCACAUGGUGAUGCAGAAACUGCUGAGGAAGCAGGAGUCGACGGUGAUGGUGCUGCGGAACAUGGUGGACCCCAAGGACAUCGACGACGACCUGGAGGGGGAGGUGACAGAGGAGUGCGGCAAGUUCGGGGCGGUGAACAGGGUGAUCAUCUACCAGGAGAAGCAGGGCGAGGAGGAGGACGCCGACAUCAUCGUCAAGAUCUUCGUGGAGUUCUCCAUGGCGGCCGAGACGCACAAAGCCAUCCAGGCGCUCAACGGCCGCUGGUUCGCCGGCAGGAAGGUGGUGGCCGAGGUCUACGACCAGGAGAGGUUCGACAACAGCGACCUGUCGGCCUGAACUGAGCUGGGCUUUGGGGAGGGUGCUCUGGAGCUGAGCCCAGGGGAUGGGAUGGUCCAGACUGAGCUCAGGGGGAUGGGAUGGUCCAGACUGAGCUCAGGGGGAUGGUCCAAACUGAGCUCAGGGGGAUGGGGAUGGUCCAGACUGAGCCCAGGGGCAGGUGAAUGGCCUAAACUGAGCCCAGGGGCAGGGGAAUGGCCUAAACUGAGCCCAGGGCUGGGCUUGGGGUUGGGAAUGGCCUAAACUGAGCCCAGGGCUGGGCUUGGGGAUGGGAAUGGUCUGGAUUCCAGCUGGGGGCUGGGCUUGGGGAUGGGAACAGCCUAAAACUGAACCCAGGGCUGGGGAACAACUCAAAACUGAGCCCAGGUCUGGGCUUGGGGAUGGGAAUGGCCUAAACUGAGCUUGGGGCUGGGGAACAGCGAAAACUUAUCCCAGGGCCUGGCUGAGCUCAGAACUGGGGAAUGGGCCCAGCUCUGGUCCCAGGGCUUAUCCAGGCUCAGAUGUGAGGAAUCAGCCCAGCUCUGAUCCCAGGGCUCGGCCAAACUCUGUUCCAAGGAUUGUCCCAGCCGUGCUCCUGGGCUGGCCCUGGCCCUGUUCCUGUUCCUGGCCCUGGCCCUGGCCCUGGCCCAGGUUCUGGUUUUGGUUCUGAUUCUGGUUCUGGUUCUGUUCCUGGCCUUGGCCCUGGCCCUGGCCCUUCCCCCUCAGCCCACCAGGUUUCUAUAUCCAUGUGUAAAGGGCAUUCCAGGUCGUUCCAGGCCAUCCCAGGCUGUUCCAGGACAUUCCAGGCUAUUCCAGGACAUUCCUGGGCGGGCACAGGGCUCUGGUGUUUGGGGAGUUGAGAUAAAAACACAAAGAAAGCUGUUGUCA